UAGCCCACGCGGCAGAGAGGCGCGGGGCGCGGCGACGAAAAAAAGGAGCGCGGCCGUCACGCGGAACGGAUCCCAACCCAACCCCCGGCCCCCACGUCUCCCGUGACUUCUUCCCCCAAAUCUCGCUCGUUCCAGUCUGCUCCUCACCACCGCCACCACCAGCACCUCCGCCGUCCAAAACCCUGAGCAACCCACGCUUAUACGCCGUGGCCAUCAGCAAAAAACAGGCCCUCGCUCAGAACUACGCCGCCGUCGCCACUCCAGAUCUACGCCACCAGCAAUCGGCCGCUGCAACCACAUUCAUCGUCGCCCCAUAUCUACGCCGUCGCCACCAGCAAGUAGCAACCCGACCGCCCCAGCCCCUUCAGCAGCAACGAACUCGCUGCCACCAACAGUAACCCCGCCGGCCCCCUCCAGCAGCUAUCCCGCAACGAAGAGUGGAACAAAGGGCAGUUGUGUUCCGGUCACCCCACAAGCUUCUGCAGGAUUGAGGUAGAGCGUACCGGAUCUGUGGUCGUCUCGCCGGCGAUUUCCAAGGGAGGCGAUGGACCUGGCGCCGUCGCUGCCUGACGACGUGCUCGCGGGCGUCCUCCGACGCCUCGCGCCGCGCGACCUCGCCGCGUCCCGCUGCGUCUGCAAGUCGUGGCGCCGCGUCGUCGACACCCACCGCCUGCUGCGCGCGGACCUCCUCCCGCUCUCGCUGGGUGGCAUCUUCCUCAACUUUCUCGGCAUAUAUUUCACGCAGUUCCUCUCCCGCCCCACGACGGGCGCCGCCGUCUCCGGCCGGCUCGACUACACGGUGCCUGGCGAGCCAGAGCCCGAAAUGCCGCACCUCAUCUACGUGCGUGAUCACUGCAAUGGCCUCCUCUUGCUCGAAUACUGCGUGGUUAACCCUGCCACACGGCAGUGGGCGCUCUUGCCCCCGCCCCCGCCCCUGCCCCAACCCCCACCUCCAGGCAUGGAUUUUUGCACAGACCAGUACCUCGUGUUUGACCCCACCCUGUCGCCCAACUAUGAGUUGGUCAUAAUGCCCAAUGUUCCUUUCAAGCUGAACGAAUGUGAGGAAUUUGAAUGGCCGCCGUCCACAUUGGUCCUACCUGUGUUUUCAUCAAAGAUUGGUUCGUGGGAGGAGAGGACAUUUGGUCGGGAAGGGGAGGCUGCAGGGACGUUACCUGGCAUGGUUGGGUCAGUACGGGAUUGCCAUCAUCAGUGUGGCUACUGGCGAGGAGCACUUUAUGUAUGUUGCUCCGACUGUUUUGUUCUGAGAAUAUCACUGUCAGACGAUAAGUAUCGAGUAAUUAGAUUGCCCACAGACGUGCCUGAAGAUCGAAAAUUUUAUCUAGGAAAAUCAAUCAAGGGGAUAUACUGUGCAUCAUUAUUCCAGGUGUCCCAACUUCAGGUUUGGUUCCUUAACGACCCAUGUGGUCAGGCCGAGUGGGUGUUGAAGCAUGAUAGAGACAUUUUCCCCAUCCUGCCAAAUCUGAACUAUGACAAACAAUGUGAUGGACCUUGGAUCUUACAAGAAUUUAAUUAUUGGCAAGAUGUCGUUCAACAUUCUGAUGAAGAUUCUGCUGUGGAGGACAACAACAAAGCAAUAGUGGAAGAUAAAUUUGAGUGGGACUCUGACAAUGAUAAUGUUCUCGAACCUGGAAGUAGGAGCAAAGAUAGUUAUAUCAUUUUCCUUGGAUUUCAUCCUUAUAAAGAGGUUGUCUUCUUGAGUGAUAAAUCGGACAGAGUGCUAGCCUAUAAUUGGAGUAGCUCAAAGCUUCAAGAUUUGGGCAAGCUUUUCCCAAAAUUCUAUAUUGAUCUCCCUGACCAAUAUCCAUUGGUAAAAGCAUUUUUCCCAUACACUCCCUACUGGAUGGGGGAGCUCCCUGAAAAACUAAAUUUAGAAGCUCAGCUAGAAGAUUAGAAUGUGUUUGUUGCAAGUUGUUUCAAGAAUGGAAUAGCUAGCCUGCUCUUGUCCAUUGUUCUUUUGAUAUUUGUGUACACAGAUUGUUCCCUGAAAAACUAAAUUUAGACAUCUCCAGUUUAAAUUUCCUUAUUUUCCCUGC